AUGUCGGCAUCUGAGGCACCCGAUUACACCAAAAACCCUUACAUCAUUCAGUCGAUUCUACUAUUACUCGGACCGGCUCUAUUCGCUGCUUCAAUCUACAUGGUGCUUGGCCGACUGAUCAAUCUUCUUGACGCUGGCCAUCACUCGCUGAUCAGGCCAAAGUGGUUGACCAAGGUCUUCGUCCUUGGUGAUGUCUUGUCAUUUCUUGCCCAGAGUGGAGGUGGUGGUAUGCUUGCAACAGCCACAGACCGUGACUCCGUCAAAAAGGGCGAGAAUAUCAUCGUCGGCGGUCUUGGAAUUCAGAUUCUUUUCUUUGGCUUUUUCAUGAUCGUAACGCUUGUUUUCCACAUUCGCCUUACCCGAAACCCGACAGCCAAUUCCCACACGAUACAAACACAUUGGAAAGGUCUCCUUUGGGUUUUGUAUGGCAGCAGCUUGAUGAUCAUGGUCCGUUCUCUUUUCCGAGUCGCUGAGUAUGUCCAGGGCAAGGAGGGCGAACUCCAGUCAAAGGAGAUGUACAUUUACAUCUUUGAUGCGCUGCUGAUGGUAAUUACGGCGAUACUUUUUAACUGGUUCCACCCGAGCCGCGUCAUCAAUACCCGGGCGAUUGGUCUCAAGCAAGUGACAUCCUCAGAGGUGCUCAAUGAAGGGUACUUGAUGGAGAGUGGACAGCACCGCAACCCACACCAACAAUACCCGCCGCAGGAUCAUCAGCAGCAGUAUAUACAGAGCCAACUAUACGAGCCAUAUCAAGGAGCUAAUGGUUCUCGGGAUUUUCGCAGGUGA